AUGCGGUUUCCAAGAGCCGCAAAACUACCGGAGAUUGAUGAUAUUGAAGAAUCAGACAGUGAAAAUGAAGACGCUGCUGGAGCUGACGCCAAUAACAGCGACCACAUUGAGGCUGCGUUAUCAUCUGACGAAGACCUGGAGCUUCUGUACGACACCUCGUUCGAGAAUGAGGAGGACGAGCGUAAGGAGACGCUGCGGAUAGCGUGUCGUCAAUUCAAAGAAGCCUGUUCAAGUUUUGAUUCCGUUGCGGUGAUUAUGAUUGACAAAGACUUUACGGAGCUAUCCGUGUUGAAGGAGGAGUUUCCGAGUGCGCGCAUCUUACUCUAUCCUUUUCAUGUCGUGAAGUACUUGCAAGAGGAAGUGGCAAAAGAAAAGUACAACUUGGAUGCUUGGACCAAAAAGGAGAUGAAACGAUUGAUACAACUUUUGGUGAGCGCACCAACAGAAGUGGUCUACGACAAUGUGAUUACCGCGAUGAAGGUAGUGAUACGUACAGAAGAGAAACAGCAGCUGUGGUUUCGGUAUUUCGACGCUAACUGGACGGAGUGCAAAGAGAGAUGGAGCUCCGUCUACCGCGGUAAUGUGCCGCAUAUGGGGAAUCACACGAAUAAUAGACUCGAGUCAAGCUGGCAAAAACUGAAGACUUUGGUGAAUCGGUCAACUUCUCUCGAUGACUACUGUUAA